AAUCCAGCUUUCGUUCAAAGAUUCUCCAAACUAAGAAUAAAUAAGUAAAUUUAAAAGUUGCAUUACCUUUGUAAUGUUUAUUUUUAAUUUUGAUUGAUUCUUUUAUUAAUAUAUAAAACAAGAAGGGUGUUGGGGAGAGAGAGGGGAAAAAACCCGAGUUAUUCCGAGAACUUCCGACACAAACGGCGAAAAAUACCGAGUGAUGUUUCAACUAUCGAUGUCGUCGUCGUUGCUGAAUGGUCUAACCAUGAUGUGAAAGGCUGAAAAUAACAAUUUAUCUUUCCGAGACCUUGAGCCACGACUGAAGUCAGCUGAGAUCUAGGAUAUGUAUAACACUGUUCAGUCCUCUGCACGGCGACAGAAAGGACCUAUGUUUUUUGACAGUUCUACAUCUAAGACACUGUCAAUAGAAAUGGAAAGCCAGCUUGAGAGACAGAAAAAAGAAGAGAUGAUCCUGCUCGGUUUUAACCUCUCUAAUGUGUCUCGGUCAACACAGUUCAUUCUUCUCACCGUGGCAACAUUCUUCUUUUAUCUUAUUUAUGGAUACAUGCAGGAAUUAAUAUUUCGCCUUGAAGGAUUCCGUCCAUUCGGCUGGUACCUAACUCUGGUUCAGUUUGCCUGCUACACAGUGUUUGGUGUCACAGAGCUGCACUUCAAAGAAGACAGAACAAGAAAAAUACCAUUAAAAUCAUAUGGGGUGUUGGCAUUUCUCACUGUUGCGACGAUGGGCUUGUCAAACACUUCAGUAGGAUACCUCAAUUAUCCAACACAGGUCAUCUUUAAAUGCUGUAAACUUAUUCCAGUUCUUAUUGGAGGAAUACUUAUACAAGGGAAGAAGUUCAGCAUGAUAGACAUUGCUGCUUGUGUUUGUAUGAGUCUUGGCCUCAUACUGUUUACUUUAGCUGACAGCACAGUGUCGCCUAACUUCAACCUUUACGGAGUCAUUCUCAUACUACUUGCCCUCUGUGCUGAUGGAGCUAUUGGAAAUGUUCAGGAAAAAACACUAAAGCAGUUUGGAGCAACAAAUUCAGAAAUGGUGCUGUAUUCUUAUGGUAUAGGUUUUCUUUAUAUUCUAGUUGGGAUGUUCGUCAUGGGUGACAUUGUAUCAGCAUUUCAGUUUUGUAGGGAUCAUGUUGUAGAGACAUAUGGCUAUGCUGUGAUAUUUUCCAUCACUGGUUACAUCGGUGUGAAUAUCGUCCUCACUCUGGUGAAGACGUUUGGAGCUCUCGUGGCUGUAACAGUAACUACUUGCAGAAAAGCUGUUACAAUUAUUCUUUCUUUCAUGUUUUUUGCCAAGCCAUUUACAUUACAAUAUUUGUGGUCUGCAUUGGUCGUUGUGCUGGGAAUAUAUCUGAACCUGUACAGCAAAAACAAGGCUGACUGGGACAACAAAAUGAAGAACUUGUUAGCAAGGACGAGAUUCAAGCCCAAGAUUCUAUCUCCAGAAAAUAUUGUUUGAAUGAUGUGUAGUGGUCAUUAUAAAAAGGAGGAAUUUGCAUCUCUUUCUCUGAGUGGUAAAGUGCUCGCCUGAUGUGUGGUCGGUCUGGGAUCGAUCCCCAUCAGUGGCGUGGACCCAAUGUGGCCUGUUUCUUGUUCCAGCCAAUGCACCACAACUUGUAUAUCAAAGGCUGUGGUAUGUGCUAUCCUGUCUGUGGGAUGAUGCAUAUAAAAGAUUCCUUGCUACUAAUGGAAAAAUAUAGUGGGUUUCCUAUCCUAGACUAUGUCAAUAUUAACAAAUGUCUGACAUGCAAUAGCCGAUGAUUAAUAAAUCAUUGUGCUCUAGUGUUGUCAUUAAACAAAACAACUUUAACUUUUUUACUCACUCUCUGUUUUGGGGUGGGUUUUUUCUGAAGUAACAGACAUGACAGUGGGGGCUCAUUUUGUUAGGUCAGGUCAGGUCAGUGUUUAAUGUGCACAUUCAGAACAAGCUGUUGUAGCGCAUGCCUGUCCAGGACAGGUCAUUUUGUUCAGGUCUUUUCUAUUUAUAUACAGUAGAUUCUAUGUAAUCUGAAUUUUUGGUGGAAACUGUCAUGACAAUAACUUGGCUGACAUAUUCAGUUGAACAUUGUGUACAUACCAGCUAAUUUUUUCAGUACCACCUUUAAUCCAGUUAAACCUUCCAACUACUGGAUUAAUUUUUGACAAACAUCACACUGAGUGGGUACAAGUGUAUAACUUCUACUCACAUUUUUUCACUUAAAUUUUUAUGAGUACAUAAAAUAAUGUUUAUACGUGAAAGAGCAAGUAUUAUUUUCGAAGGCUUUCUAAAACUUUUUUUUUUAAAGUAGUUAAUGUUGUUUAAAAUUACGCAAAAAAUCAAUAACACACAUUUGUGGCCAUUAUUCCCAUCACUUUGUUUUAUUGUCCACAGUUUUGUUUGGAAAUGAACUCAUAUCCCAAUAUUUUUUAUUUUUGGUUAUUGAUAUAACAGUCAAAUUUAUGAUCAAAUUAGCCGUCACAAUCGGCUAUCAAAAAAAAGUAAAGUUUGUUUUAUUUAACGACGCCUCUAGAGCACAUUGAUUCUGACAUAUUUCUUUAAAGGAAACCCGCUGUCGCCACAUAGAGUACUCUUUCCGAUAAACAGCAAGGGGUCUUUUAUAUGCACUUUCCCACAGACAGGACAGCACAUACGACAGCCUUUGAUGAACCAGUUGUGGGCCACUGGUUGGAACGGAAAAUAGCCCAAACUGCAACUCAAUCAGCUAUCAAUUCCUCAAAAUGACUGCGACUUUCCACCAUUGUUGUCAAGCAUAAAAUACUCUCCAAAACCCAGGCAUUUCUCACAGAAAAACAAAAACGUAAAGCAGCCAAUUUUGUCUCGAUCAAAGUUAUUUCCUGUUUUAUUAUUUCCGACCAUUUACAUGUGCAAAGGGGCAGGAAAUAUGAAUUAGUGAAGGCACUGCAUACCGUAUACAGUUUAUCUCGCCUGCAGUAGUCAGAAGGUUUAGACAGAGUCCACUGUAUUGUAUUGACAGACUUGCUGAAGUGUCGUAAACAUUGCUACAAGCCACUGCAGGAGACUAGUGCUUUUUGGUUUUUCUUCCGCCACUCUGUGACCAAUUUGUAAACAUCUCUUUUUUGUGGAUUAAACUUAUGAACAAGGCUCUGAUUUGUGAGGUGAUUUCAACGUUGGCAUAAUUGGUGAAAUUGGGAACAUUAUUUUUCAUAUUUUUGUAUUGAAAAAAUAUUAAUCAUUGAUGUUAUUGGCAAAUUUGUUGGUUAUAAAUAUGAUAUAAUCAAAUGUGAGUACUAAAUAUGACAUAAUCAGUUUUUGGAACUGAAUAUGACAUGUUAAAUUUUGGUACACAUUCAAAAUGUCAAUUUAUGAAUGACUGUUUCUAGUAUUAAAAGUAAUAUGCUAUUUCAAUACCAUGCUUUAUUGCAGCUUUGGGAAGAAAUCGUUCAGAUGUUAAAGAAUUAUAUCAUUUAUAUAUUGGCCAUAGAUAACAUCUUUGAGUGGAUGUGGAUUUCAUGGGUAGUGUUGUAAUAUUGGUGCCAUACAAAUGGAUGUACAUGAACAAAAGCUAGUGUACUGGAAUUUUCUUUUAACGAAAAUCUCCCUACUUGUUUUGGUAUUUAUUUAACAUGUCUGGAAAUUUCAUGUAGAAUAAUAAUAUUGCUGAGGCAUUCAGGGAAAUUUUUACUAACAAUUAUAACUUACAGUGUAUCAUAUAAAUUGGGUUAUUUUUUAGAUGGAUAUUGGGUUAAAAAAUGGACAUUGGGGAAGCAUUUUAAUCUAAUUUUGUUGUCUCUUAUUUGUUGGGUAGUACUUAUUUAAUACAAUCUUUGCAUCUGUUUUAUAUUGUUUUAUUGUGUGUAUUUGUUACAUGGAAGUUUUUACAAGGUGUUUAUAAAACAUAAAACUAUUUAUAAUUAAACACAAAUUUGGAAA